UCAACAAGUACAUAAUAUCGAAUUCAACUCAAAACUGGUUCGGUGCGGUCGAUUGCUGCAACCACCACGGGAUGCGACUGGCAACGGUCAACGACGAGACGGAACAUGCCAGUCUGAACCAAGCUGCGGAAUCUUCAGCCGUUUUCAACGCAACAGGAAGCAAUUUUUGGAUUGGGGCAAGCGAUCUGGCCGCCGGAAAUGGCGUUCACGUCUGGCAGGCCACCGGCCAGAGCAUGAACUUCUCAAAGUGGCUCGAAAACAAGUCCCAGGAUGCGGCUAAACAUUGCGUCGAGUUGAACUACGAUCCUGCCGCGGAGACCUGGCACUGGAACUGGAAGCUGGAGGAUUGUGAGCGGAAGCUGUACUUUGCCUGUGAAAUGAUAAGGAGCCAAAUGAGCCGAGGCCGUAUGCGAAAAAAGCCCGGCAGGUCGCAGCUGCUGCCGUUUGACCGACCUGGCGGCAUCCUGUUUGAAGUGUUUGUGUGCGGGGACCGGAUUCGACCUGGUUCCAAUUGGCCACGGCGCAGAUCUACGAUCUACGGCGGCGGCGGCGGCAUUUGGCUCUUUCAGUGA